AUGUCAGCAACAAGUAUCUUUGAUCCAGCUCAUGUCCAGUCAGCAGUUAUGAAGAAAGAUCAAAAAUUUAGCCAGAUAAACAAAACAUAUUAUCAAACUUUUGGUGUAUUACUUGAAAACAUGAAAAAGGAUCUAAUUAGAAAAGAAGAAACCACUAUCAUUCCCAUUACUGAAGCAAAAUCCAUAAUACUGGAACAAGAUGAAGUAAAACAAGCUGUCAAACGAAAACAUCAAGAGUGUGAUGAUGAAAUACAAUCUCAAAAAUCUUUAGCAAUCAGUAUUUCUGUACCAAAAUUAUUUCAAGAAUUACCGAUAACAGACGAUAUUCGUAAACGUACAUUUUCUCACUGGCCACUUAAACUACCGUCGAAAGCACAAAUGGUUGAGAGUGGAUUUUUUAACUGCAAUGUCAGCGAUCGAGUCAUUUGCAUCUAUUGUGAUUUGAUCUGUCAACAAUGGGUACAUACUGAUGAUCCAAGUGAAAUUCAUAUGAUCUUGUCACCCAACUGUUGUUUUGUCAAAUCAAAUUUAGUUUCAUCAGCUACAAAAUCGAGAGCUAUUCUGAAUGAAGCACCAAUCCUUUCGUCGAACGGUGUAAUUGUUCUAACUCAAGCAUGUAAUAAACAAUAUAUUGAGAUAUCGAAGCGACAAGCGACAUAUGCAACUUGGCCAUGUGAGCAACCUUCACCAGCUGUUGAGGAAUUAGUUAAGGCAGCUCAACUGAACAACGCUCAGCAACAAAAUCUUGCGUUGAUUUCUACUAUAAUGACAAAUGGAACAACUGCUAAUCCAAAUAAUUUCUUUGGUCACUUACAAAUUCUAGAUGAUAAUACAUUAUCACGAUUCGUUGCUGCAAGAUUAGAUUUACCUGUAUCACUACAUCUGUUAAACAAGUUUAGAUUAUCGAUUAUCAAACGUUGUUACGAAGAUCAAUUAAGAUUGAAACGUAUGGUUAGAUAUAACUCUCCUUAG